AUGGCUGGGACACGCAACUAUGAUUUUCUAAUAAAACUGCUCUUGAUCGGCGACUCGGGCGUUGGCAAGUCAUGCUGUCUUCUACGCUUCAGCGAAGACAGCUUCACCCCCAGUUUUAUCACUACGAUCGGCAUAGACUUCAAGAUCCGAACCAUCGACCUGGACGGCAAGAGGGUGAAACUACAAAUAUGGGAUACCGCCGGCCAAGAACGAUUCCGAACCAUCACCACCGCAUACUAUCGAGGAGCAAUGGGCAUAUUACUGGUUUAUGAUGUGACGGACGAGAAGAGCUUUAACAAUAUAAAGACAUGGUUCUCCAACGUCGAACAACACGCCAGCGAAGGCGUCAACAAGAUCCUCAUUGGAAACAAAUGCGACUGGGAAGAGAAGCGCGUUGUGUCCACGGAACAAGGUCAAGCCCUGGCCGACGAAUUGGGCAUCCCUUUUCUCGAAGUCUCGGCCAAAGCAAAUAUCAACAUUGAAAAGGCCUUCUACUCGUUAGCCUCGGAUGUUAAGAAGCGCCUGAUUGAUAGUUCUAAGGAGACAGGGGCUGGCACUGGCGCUCAAUCAGGUGGGGGCGUGAAUGUCGCACAAAACCAAGGCGCGGGCGCGGGCGGGAAAUGCUGCUAG